AUGUCUGGAGUACAGGUUUCUGACGGCUUUCAGAUAGUGGAUGGAGUUCAAGUUGCGGAUAACAGUUUUGGCGGGGUACAAGUCGUAGACAAUAAUUUUAACGGAGUUCACGUUGUCGAUAAUAAUUAUGACGGAGUACAAGUCAUAGACAACAAUUAUGACGGGGUACAAGUCAUAGACAACAAUUAUGACGGGGUACAAGUCAUAGACAAUAAUUAUGACGGGGUACAAGUCAUAGACAACAAUUAUGACGGGGUACAAGUCAUAGACAACAAUUAUGACGGGGUUCAUGUUGUAGAUAAUGCUGGUGAUGAAGUUCAGGUUGUAGACAAUAAUUAUUAUGAUGGAGUUCAGGUUGUAGACGAUGGUUAUAAUGGGGUUCAGGUUGUAGAUAACAACUUCGGAGUGAAUCCUGGAAUGCCACGCUCUAAAUGA